AAUGCAUCGUCAGACACUCGAAGUUUCACUUCAAGCCCCUUCACAAGGGCAGCGACUGUACGUGAACUAAUGAACGCCUAUGCGACUCAGCUAGAUAGUCAGCUUGGAGCGGUGGAUAGCACCUGGCACGAUUCCCAGGAAGACUCGGACGUCUCGGAGUUGCAUAACAGUACCGAAAUGACGAAGGAACGAUUACGGGAGGAUAAAUCCUUUGCUGAAGAGGAACGUAGAAUGAAAAGUCUCGAUGGGUUAAUGAACACACUCUUGCUCUGCGCGGGUGCUACUGCAUUCAUAAAUAAAUUUGCUACCAUGCAGCCUGGCUUCCGCCUAUACAACAGACAGACAACCUUGGUAGCUGGGGUGAAUGACGUCUUCCGCACCAUUAGCAAUGGCACGUUCACCAGCGGAACAAUCCUGUCGGUCUUCGCAGCGCCUUCGUUCACAUUUUUGAUUCUACAAGGAGUGAUGGACGCGUGUCUCUUUGUCCCCCCUUUUAUUGUGGCUAUCACUAUCUUUGGGAAGUGGGUUCUAGGCCAUUUCGCCACGAGCACGAGCGAGGACAACUAUGAGCAGAUGAGACGAAGACCAUUGCAAGACUGGCCUCAACAUGCGCGGACCCGCAUCUUGUCAUGGUCAGAUGCGUUGCCCGUUUUUUUUGGUCUUUCUCAAGCCCUCUAUACACUAUGUUGGCUCCUCGGGCGGCAACCGCUCCUAGCAACCUGUCUCACCACGGUGCUCGCUUUGUGGUGUUCGAUUACCUUGUUCGUGUUCAAAAAGACUCUUACACCCUCAUCUUAAUUGUAUGGUAGCUUAAUAUUAAUUUAGUGGAGGCUGCGCUUCCUGCUCCGCAGUCGGAGCUCUUAUCAGAGGGAAGACUAUCCAGAAUUUCAC